CUGCAAAGUUGCAUCAGAUAAGAAAAUGACUGCUACGGAGGAAACGGAACCGUUGAUAUCUGUAACGUCAACAUCCUCAGCCAGUAAAACCCAAAGGGCCACUUAUCACACGGUUUCUUUCGAAAAAGAAGAAAGAAAUAUAUUGUAUAAUGGAAGCCCGGAGACCUCGUUUAAUUUGAAAUCGAUUUCGAGCCGGUUAACAGGCCUAAAUUUCAGUAAUGAAAUUAAUAACAACAGAAUUAUGUACGCAUGGAGUGACGUGAACGUGUACCACAACACAAAAACCGACAGAAUUUGGGAUCGGCUAAUGUUCAGGACCAGAAAAUCUGUCGCACAGAAACACAUAUUGAAAGAUGUGUGCGGAGUAGCUUAUCCUGGCGAAUUGCUCGUAAUCAUGGGAGCGUCAGGUGCGGGUAAGACGACCUUGCUGAACACAUUAACGUUUCGUUUGACACGCGGGGUACUCAUGUCCGGUCUGAUGGCCGCCAACGGCCAGAGGAUAUCACCAGGUGUUCUCACUUCGAGGAUGGCCUAUGUGCAGCAGGAUGAUCUGUUCGUUGGCACGCUCACCGUGAUGGAGCACUUGAUGUUCCAAGCAAUGGUACGGAUGGAUCGGCAGAUACCUCGCGAGCAGAGGAUCAAGCGGGUCAACGAGGUCGUUGACGAGCUUGCCCUCUCGAAAUGUCGGAACACCGUGAUUGGUGUACCCGGCAGGGUGAAGGGUCUCUCAGGAGGCGAAAUGAAGAGACUAUCCCUCGCGUCCGAGAUACUGACCGAUCCUCCACUGAUGUUUUGCGAUGAGCCGACGUCGGGCUUGGAUUCCUUCAUGGCUCACCAGGUUGUUUCCAUUUUGAAAACACUGGCGGCACGUGGUAAAACGGUCGUUGCUACCUUACAUCAACCCUCGUCGGAGCUGUUCGCUUUGUUCGACAAGAUUCUGCUGAUGGCUGAGGGAAGGAUCGCCUUUAUGGGAUCAACGGAACAAGCUUGUUCUUUCUUUAAGACACUUGGUGCCGCCUGUCCUACCAAUUACAACCCUGCGGAUUACUUCGUACAAAUGUUGGCUGUAGUACCAGGACGAGAGUUAGCCUGCAAACAAGCGAUCAAUACGACAUGCGAUACCUUUCAGAGAAGCGAAUACGGCAUGAGGAUCGCCUUGGAAGCUGAGACCGUCCAUGGCGAGUUCGAGGACUCUCUCAAACGGUUAAAGCACUCUGAGAAUCCCUGUCGAUCACCUUACAAAGCAAAUUGGUACGAGCAAUUCCGCGCUGUCCUCUGGCGAUCUUGGCUGUCGGUGAUCAAGGAACCGAUUCUUAUUAAAGUUCGGCUGCUACAAACUAUCAUGGUCUCGCUGUUGAUCGGCGUCAUUUACUUUGGUCAGCAAAUGGAUCAGGACGGCGUGAUGAACAUCAAUGGCGCUCUGUUCAUCUUCCUUACCAAUAUGACUUUCCAGAACGUCUUUGCCGUGAUUAAUGUAUUCUGCGCUGAGUUGCCGAUAUUUCUUCGCGAGCACAGAAACGGAAUGUAUCGCACCGACGUUUACUUCAUCUGCAAAACGUUAGCGGAAGCACCGAUAUUCCUGGCGGUUCCACUGAUUUUCACCGUCGUCGUUUAUCCUAUGAUCGGUCUGUAUCCCGAUGUGAAGCAUUUCUUCGUCGCGUGUGCUAUAGCAGUUCUCGUCGCCAACGUCGCGACUUCAUUUGGUUACUUAAUAUCGUGCAUCAGCAAUGGAAUAUCUAUGGCUCUUUCCGUCGGUCCUCCGGUGAUAAUACCAUUCCUGCUCUUCGGUGGCUUCUUCCUAAAUACGGCGUCCGUACCGUUUUACUUCGAGUGGCUUUCGUAUCUCUCCUGGUUUCGUUACGGCAACGAGGCACUUCUGAUCAAUCAGUGGUCAGACGUGGACUUCAUAGCAUGUACCAGAAAUAACGUGACGUGUCCGAAAUCGGGGCACAUGAUUCUCGAAACUUACAAUUUCAGAGAGGAUGGCUUUUGGAUGGACAUCGUCUGCUUGUUCGCGCUUAUUGUGGCAUUCCGCUUUCUAGCAUUCCUCGCGCUACUGUCGAAAACUUAUCGUUCGAAGUAGCUUUGCGAUUGUCGUUCAUCGUGUCACAAAUAAAGACUAGAUUUGUAAGAAGUUAAAACAUCCGUAGGAAAUAAAAGAUCUGCUUUUUUAUAAAUAUAAUCUUGUACAUAUAUAUACAUUGUAUCUCUGUAUCUCUGAAUAAAAAAAGUUCGAAAC